AUGACCAUUCACAAUGACACUCAGUUUCACCCUGUCUCUUUCCUUUUGCUGGGGGUCCCAGGUCUAGAGUCUCUUCACAUCUGGAUUGGCUUUCCUUUCUGCAUUGUGUACAUGAUUGCUCUCCUAGGAAACUUAACCAUCUUGUUUGUGAUCAAGACUGAGAGUAGCCUCCACCAGCCCAUGUUCUACUUUCUGGCCAUGUUGGCCACCAUUGACUUGGGCCUUUCAACAGCGACCAUCCCUAAGAUGCUUGGGAUCUUCUGGAUUAAUCUCAGAGAGAUACUCUUCCAAGAUUGCCUUAUACAGAUGUUUUUCAUCCACAAAUUUACACUUAUGGAGUCAGCAGUCCUCUUGGCAAUGGCUUAUGACCGCUAUGUGGCAAUCUGCAACCCACUUCGGUAUAGCACCAUCCUCACCAACAAGGUUGUUUCCAUGAUUGGUCUUGCUGUGCUAGUGAGAGCAAUUAUCUUUGUUAUUCCAUUUAUAUUUCUAAUUUUGAGACUGCCCUUUUGUGGGCAUCAUGUCAUUCCCCACACCUAUUGUGAGCACAUGGGCCUCGCUCGUCUGUCUUGUGCCAGUGUCAAAGCCAAUAUAAUUUAUGGCUUGUGUGCCAUAUGUAAUCUGCUGUUUGACAUUGCAGCCAUUGCUGUUUCUUACAUACACAUAUUGCGUGUUGUGUUUCAUCUUCCUUCUCGGGAAGCCCGGCUCAAAUCCCUCAGCACUUGUGGUUCUCAUGUCUGUGUCAUUCUUGCCUUCUACACACCGGCCCUCUUUUCCUUCAUGACACACCGCUUUGGACGAAAUGUGCCUCGCUAUAUACAUAUACUUCUGGCCAACCUUUACGUUGUAGUGCCCCCAAUGCUCAAUCCUGUCAUAUAUGGAGUGAGAACCAAGCAGAUCUAUGAUGGUGUGAAGAAACUGUUAUUGCAAGUCCAAGGGAAGGUAAAGGAAUAG